GCCUGAGCCCGGCGGAGAGCCUGGACACCGAGCUGGGGAAGCGCUCCAGCGGCGGGGUGGGGGCUGUCAGCUCCGCGGGCGGCCCGGGGGGAGCGUCGCAGGUGCCUCCGGGUGGCGCCCCGCGGGCCCCGGGCUGCUCGCGCCCGGCUCCUGGCUCUCCCCGCUCUCCUCCCGCCCCCUGUGGCUGUGCUGAAGGGCGGGGGCAGCGGGCGAGGAAUGCGCGCCCGGGCCGGGACGCGGUGGGCGCCUGGCCAAGCCGACAGCCGCACGGCCCCUCCCCCCGGAUCCAGAGUCCGACCCCAACCCGGACCCCACUGGAGCCUGGCGAUUUCCUUGGUGCGGCACCUAGGCACUGGGAUUGAACGGGACGUGCACGGGCAGGGGCCCUGCCCCCCGAACCGCCCUGGGGCUUUGCAACCUCAGCCUCCUGCUCUUCUGCACGGUUUGGGUCGGCGGCUUUGGUGCAGUCCAGCCGUCCGCUGGGAGCCACUUCUUUGCAGUCUGUCUCACCUGAGGUUUUAGUCUCUCCGCGGUUCCACUUUGGAACUCAGCUGUAGGUCUGCAGGUGGAGGAGAUGGGGGACGCAGAAGCAAGGCUUUCCGCGUGAUUUCUUCCCAAAGCCCAGGAAACUCACUCUGUUCAGGCUGAACCGUGCUAACUGAGAAGACAAGUUGCAGUAGCGAGAGGAGGAAGUUGUCCCGUGGAUCUGCAGAUUCGGUUUUGCUGUGAUGUAGGGGAGGAGUCCAGAGGCUGAGACGCAGCCAGGAGAAGGGCUGUCGGCCUUUCCCUUGGACCAGGAGAUUCAGAAAAACAGGAUUCGGCCUCGCCCUGACGAGUGGCCUUCAAUGACAGUCAUGUCCCUUUCCAGGGACCUCAAGGAUGACCUGCACAGUGACACAGUGCUAUCCAUCCUGAAUGAGCAACGCAUCCGGGGCAUCCUGUGCGAUGUCACCAUCAUUGUGGAAGACACCAAGUUCAAAGCACACAGCAACGUUCUGGCCGCCUCGAGCCUUUACUUCAAGAACAUCUUCUGGAGCCAUACCAUUUGCAUCUCCAGCCACGUGCUGGAGCUGGACGACCUUAAGGCCGAGGUGUUCACAGAGAUCCUGAAUUACAUCUACAGCUCUACAGUGGUAGUCAAGAGGCAGGAGACCGUCACAGACCUGGCAGCUGCCGGGAAGAAGCUGGGCAUCUCCUUCCUGGAGGACCUCAGCGAUCGCAACUUCUCCAGUUCCCCUGGCCCUUAUGUCUUCUGCAUCACCGAAAAAGGCGUGCUCAAAGAAGAAAAAAAUGAGAGGAGACAUGAGGAACCGGCCAUCGCCAACGGGCCGAGGAUCACCAAUGCAUUUUCCAUCAUUGAGACGGAAAACAGUGCCAACAUGUUUUCCCCCCUAGAUUUGAGAGCGAGCUUCAAGAAGGUCUCAGACUCCAUGAGGACAGCUAGCCUCUGCCUGGAGAGAGCCAACACAUGCCACGAGGUGGAGCCGGUGCGCACGCUGGCUGAGCACUCAUACGCUGUCUCCUCCAUAACCGAGGCCUACCGGAGCCAACCUACCCAUGGGCCUGAGGGCAGCUCUCCCGGCGAGACGGCCAGGGAGAAUGGUGAGGCACUGGUAGCAAAGCCAAAGACGUUCCGGAAGCCCAAGACAUUCUCCACACCCCAGGAUUCCGAGUCCCCGGCAGAGAACAUCGCACCCCCCAUGGCAGCCAGCUUUGAGGUGACCCAGGAACACAGCCCACAGCCAGAUGCUGUCCUUUCUCACUCACAGUCUCCCAGCAAUGAAGAAACUGUGGUCCAUUUUCCCAGGGAAGAGGAAAACCAGCCAGCUGAGGUCCCCGGACCGCCAGUGGCAGAGGCACCGGCUCUCGUCUACAGCUGUAGCUGUUGUUCCAAGUCCUUCGAGAGCAGCGCCCUGCUCGGCGCCCACAUGCAGCUGCACAAGCCCACGCAGGAGCCAUUGGUUUGCAAGUACUGCAAUAAACAGUUCACCACCCUCAACAGAUUGGAUCGGCAUGAGCAGAUCUGCAUGAGGUCAAACCACAUGCCUGUGGCUGGAGGGAACCAACACUUCCUGGAGAACUACCCUACCAUUGGGCAGAAUGGAGGGCCAUUCCCUGGCCCGGAGCCUUUAUUAGCUGAAAAUACGGUGGCUGAGUUUUCCAACACCAGAAGCACCUUGCCAGAUGAGGACCACAUGGUGAAAUUUGUUAACGGGCAGAUGCUUUACAGCUGUGUGGUGUGCAAGCGUAGUUAUGUGACCUUAUCCAGCCUCCGACGACACGCCAAUGUCCACUCAUGGAGAAGAACGUAUCCCUGCCAUUACUGCAACAAGGUGUUCGCAUUGGCCGAAUACCGAACAAGGCACGAGAUUUGGCACACAGGAGAAAGGCGCUACCAGUGCAUCUUCUGUUUGGAGACGUUCAUGACCUACUAUAUCCUGAAGAACCACCAAAAGUCCUUCCAUGCCAUAGACCACAGGCUCUCCGUCAGCAAGAAGACAGCCAACGGAGGCUUGAAGCCCAGUGUCUACCCCUACAAACUCUAUCGGUUGUUGCCAAUGAAAUGCAAGAGAGCACCUUACAAGAGCUACCGAAAUUCUUCCUUUGAAAAUGCCCAAGGAAGCAGUCAAGUGAGCGAGUCUACACCCAGCACCUAUGUGGUUCAGAACCCACCACCCAGCUCUGAAUUACCCACCCUGAACUUCCAAGACAGCGUCAGCACCCUGGCCAAUCAGGACAUAUCCACUUCUGCCAAUGUGCAGAAUUCAGAGGGCACCAAGUGGGGAGAGGAGGCUCGGAACAUCAACCUUGACCGUAACAUCUACUCAGCUGAAGGGCCAGUCUCUUCUGCGGCAACCGCUGUCAGUUCUAACCCCCAGGCAGGUGACAUGCCUGUCUCGUCCCUGAGUAACAGCAGCGAGAAUGCCACAUCUGUGAUCAGCUACAGGGGCCCUGCACCUUCGGUCAUUGUACACAGCAGCCAGUUCUCAUCAGUAAUAACGCACAGCAACGCCAUCACUGCCACAGACAGCAGCAAUCAGAGAGCCCCUUCCAGCCCGGCUGCCGAGCAACCCUCGAGGGAUGAUGGCAAAUCUGAACCAGACAGAGGGAGUAGAUUGGCAAGCCGGCCCAAGAGUGUUAAGGAGAAAAGGAAAAUGGUAGCUUGCGGCAAAGGAGAUAGUCCGGAGGAGUCCAGACACAGCACUGAUCCCAGCGGGUCUCUGAGCAAAGUCAGCGUUCCCACCACUGCUGCCACCACUGAGGAGACAAGCAAGAUUGAAACCUACAUUGCAAAACCUGCCCUGCCCGGCACCUCCACCAACAGCAACGUGGCGCCCCUUUGCCAAAUCACGGUGAAAAUCGGGAAUGAAGCCAUUGUGAAGAGGCACAUCCUGGGCUCCAAGCUAUUUUAUAAAAGAGGGAGAAGGCCCAAGUGUCAGAUACAAGAGGAGUCGCUGCCCCAGGAGAGCGCCCCGGAGACCCAGGCAGACAAUCCCCUGGCCCCCUGCCAGUCCGAGUGCCUGGAGAUGAGCGAGGUGUUUGACGAUGUGAGUGACCAGGAUUCCAGCGACAAGCCAUGGCGCCCGUACUACAACUACAAACCCAAGAAGAAAUCGAGACAGUUGAGAAAAAUGAGGAGAGUGACCUGGAGGAGAGAACACGGGAGCAGGAGCCCCAGUACCAGAGCCCAGUUCCCCACACAGCUGGACCGGGCCAUGGGGACAGCUCCCACGGACAAGGCAUCGGAGGACAAGGACCAUAAAGACAUGCCCAAGCCACAGUGCGAACUCUGCGACGGAGACAAGGCGACAGUGGACACAGGCCAAGGCCGGCCCCACAGGCACCUGGCUUCCAGACCUCACGUCUGCGAGCUAUGCACCAAGCAAUUCCAGAGCCCUUCCACGCUCAAGAUGCACAUGAGGUGUCAUACCGGCGAGAAGCCAUAUCCGUGUAAGACAUGCGGGCGGUGCUUCUCAGUGCAAGGGAACCUGCAGAAACACGAACGCAUCCACCUGGGCUUGAAGGAGUUCAUCUGCCAGUACUGCCACAAGGCCUUCACGCUGAACGAAACUCUGAAGAUCCACGAGAGAAUCCACACGGGCGAAAAGCGCUACCACUGCCAGUUCUGCUUUCAGAGCUUUCUGUACCUCUCCACCAAGAGGAACCAUGAGCAGAGGCACGUCCGGGAGCACAGUGGGAAGGGCUUCGCCUGCCUGCAGUGUCCCAAGAUAUGCAAGACAGCCGCUGCCCUGGGCAUGCACCAGAAGAAGCACUUAUUCAAGGUCUCACGGCAGCAGGAGAAAGCAGUUGACCCGGGCCACGACAACGCCGGCUCCCUGGAGAACCUGCUGCUCCCUGAGUCGGAAGAAAGUGACGAAAAGGAUCAGGGGCAAAUGGUUGUGGGAAGUGUUAUCCUUGGAGGGGCACAAUAGUUAGAAAGUUCUUCUGAGAUAAAAGUUGGUGGGCUUUUUUUCUUCUUUUUUUUAAGUUUAGUUUUGUUUGCCUAACAUUCAUCAAGGAAUGAAAUCUAACCAACAAGUAAAAACUCACUUGUGAAAAAUUCCAGGAAAAGGAUCCUAAAUAUCUACUUUGGGUUUUUGAGCAUUAACCUUCUGCAAAGUACACAUAAACAAAACAGCCGAAACCCUCCAGCAUCCCUGGGAUCUUGUGAGAUCUAACCAAGUUCUUAGCUAUGGUAUUUCUACUGGUGGGAGAAAGGGGAGGGGCUUAAUCAUAGGGUAAUUUUAAAACUUUCUGGUGAAUGCUAAUGGGAAUUGGCUGCUGAACUGUUUUGGGUCACCGGAGAAAACUAAGAUGUCACAGAGAUGUCCUCUUCCAGGCAUGUUAAAUGGUAAAUGAGCUAUAACAGGCUUCAUCCCAUCUGCUUUCUGCACUAUUUAAAAUGUGUUCAGAUAAGUGGGUACUGUGAGAAUUGGUUACAAUGUUAUUGAACAUACCUGAACACAGAGCAAGGAAAGCAGAGCACUCAAUCUUUCUCUAGAAACUGCUUUUCUGCAUCACAAUCCUUGUAAAAAUAUAUGUGUAAGUCACUACAACUUCAACCUGUCCAUAGUGCUGGCAGGAAAAUUCCAUGAGCAGUCAAUCUGAAGAUAUUGAGGAUUGAUAUGAACAUCCGUAGGAAGCAUGUUGAAGAUGACCUAAGAGCAUGUGUGUGCUUUCCGAGGAAGGCUGCUUGCUGGAAGCUGACUGAUCCACUGAUGUCAUGGAAAGCCUAGGCAAGAGUCUUCCCA